UCGUGCGAGAGCUCGAUCUCCAAAGGAAAUAUCCCACUGGUGCAUCUUUUGGCUUUGGAAGCAAAUUUGUUUCUUUCCAUUCAACUGCAUGUCCCCAAGGUGUGGUGGCAAGUAAAUCUGAGGUGCAUGCUCAUAGUCUGGUGACUGAACAAAGUCUAUUAAUCCGGUCAACAGAAUUUGAAGCUGAUAUACAGGAUGGAGACAAGAUCUCACUGCGUGCUUUGUGUGACAAAAAAUCAAAGGAGUCCUUGUCUGAAGAAGAGAGAGAAACAUGGGCCUUCCUAAAGGUUAUGCUUGCAGAAGAGGGUACUGCAAGGACAUAUUUGCUUGCUCUUCUUGGCUUCAAUACACUAGAAGAAACAACUAGGCAUUCAACGAAUGAACUGGGCAGAACUUUCUCGGACACAUUUAAUAUUGAUAAUGGCCUUUUUACUGGUAGUACAGAUGCUCGAUCUCUCUUUGACAAUGGAGAUGAUUUUUUCAACAAUCUUCAGUUUUCUCAGAAAAACUUGUCAGAAGAACCAAAAAAAAAUUCGACAAGUGUUGAGCAGACACUGCAGGAAACUGUUAAAAAAUUUGCGACAUCUGAUCCAUCAGUAGAUGCAAGUAUUCAGCAUGCAUUGGUAACUGGAAAUCACAAAGUAGCAGUAAAUCAGUGCAUCUCAGCAAACCUUUAUGCUGAUGCUUUGGUGAUUGCCCAUGCCGGGGGUUCUACCCUAUGGGAAAGCACUUGCAACAACUAUAUGAGGAACAGUACCUCACCUUAUCUAAUGGUUAUUCAUGCUGUGGUAGGCAGUGACCUAAUGAGCCUUGUUGGUACAUGUCCACUCAACUCUUGGAAGGAAACACUCGCUCUUCUCUGCACAUAUGUCCUGGGGGAAGAAUGGACUGUUUUGUGUAACACACUUGCGUCUAGACUUCUUGGGGUUGGUGAUAGACUGGCUGCAACCCUUUGUUAUAUAUGUGCUGGUAAUAUUGACAAAACAGUGGAAACCUGGUCCCACAACUUGAAAUCCCAUGACGGUGCAAUGAUGUACAUCAAUCGUCUUCAGGACUUGAUGGAGAAGCUCAUUAUUCUUGCCCUUGCUACAGAGUGCAAGAGGUUCAGUGCAUCAGUUUCUAAACUUGUUGAGAACUGUGCUGAACUGCUUGCUAGCCAAGGUCUUCUUAAAACUGCAAUGCAAUACCUUGAACUGUUAGGAUCGGAUGACAACUCAAAUGAACUAUCAAUGCUGCAGAGUCGUAUUGCAUUGUCCACUGGAGAUAAUGUCACAGCCAGCUGUAGGAGUUUUGCUCCAGAUAGCAAUUCUUCCUGUCUUGCAAAUAAAUCAAGUCGCGGUGCCCCAUUUCAGCUAUCUGGAUUUCAUGCCCAAUGCCAGUAUCAGUGCACUGGCAGGAACUGUGAAUCAGAAGUUCACACAUGCUGUUUCAGCUAAUCCAACCUACAAGUUUAUGCCAUUAAGUAAUCAAAGUUGUGACCAGAGGCAAGGUGACCCUAUGAUGCCUUCGAGCCCAGCACAAAGUCAGCCAGAGUCUGCCGCGGCCCCUCCUGCCCCUUCACCAACUGUGCACAAAGUUGAUUCAUCAAAUGUACCUGAUGAGCUGAGACCAGUAAUAGCAACACUGACCAGAUUGUUUGAUGAGACAUCCAAAGCUAAUCCUUCUAAGAAAUGAGAAAUGGAAGACAACUCUAGGAAGAUUGGGGCAUUAUUCGAGAAACUGAACAAAGGGGACAUCACCCCAAAUGUUUCCUCAAAACUAAUUCAGUUGUGCAGUGCUCUUGAUAAUGGUGAUUUUGCAGCUGCGCAGCACCUCCAGGUGGUCCUGACGAUGAGUGACUGGGAUGAGUGCUUUAUUUGGCUAGCGGCAUUGAAGCGGCUGAUCAAGGCAAGACAGAACCAGGGGCGGAGCCAGGAAGUUAAUUUUUCCAUUGUUAGGGGGGCAACCAUAUAAAUUUAUAUAAAAAUUUAAUCAAAAUUUAAAUUUCUAAUGUAGAUUU